UUUCCUCCUUCUGGGGGCUUAGUUUCUCUUGGUCUUUGAAGUCCUCCGAGACCUCCAUGCUGAUUAGCGUUUGUCUAAGGAUGUGCCUCCAGGCGUGAGUCACUUGCUGCAGUUUUUCUCAGUUUCUUAGCUGGAUGGCAAACUGUCCUUUUUGAUUCUUUUCCACCACCCCCUCCCUGGUGGGAGACCAGGGAUGAGGCUAGGUUUUUCUUUCCUCCGAGGUUGGGUGGAGCGUCCUCCAGGUUCAGGGGGUUAGCCCAGGACCUCACCUGCUGGUUCUUGUGGUGACUUCCUGGGGCCUGGAGUUUGAGCCUUGGGGUGGAGGGUGGUUGCUGCGGUCAUCCUGUUAAGCGGUCAGAGAGCAAGGUUUAAAGGAGAGUGUGGGCCAGUCCAAGUUCAAGACCCAGCCUGCUGCCACGUCCCAGCUGUGGAAUCUUAAGCAGGACCUCACCAGCCACCAGUGAUGCCCAGCCCUUGAUGUAACUUGAGCCACCUUCUCUAAACAAGAUGGCAGUGGGGAAACUGGCGUAGUCCCUGAGCCCAUGAGGGGUGAGACCCCUUCUGGUCCAAAGAUGAGAAACAUCACUGUGGAUAACUCCUCGCUGAGCUGCACCAUUGACCACACCAUCCACCAGACGCUGGCCCCGGUGGUCUACAUCACGGUGCUGGUGGUGGGCUUCCCGGCCAACUGCCUGUCCCUCUACUUCGGCUACCUGCAGAUCAAGGCCCGGAACGAGCUGGGCGUGUACCUGUGCAACCUGACGGUGGCAGACCUCUUCUACAUCUGCUCGCUCCCCUUCUGGCUGCAGUACGUGCUGCAGCAUGACCACUGGUCGCACGGGGACCUGUCCUGCCAGGUGUGCGGCAUCCUCCUGUACGAGAACAUCUACAUCAGCGUGGGCUUCCUCUGCUGCAUCUCCAUCGACCGCUACCUGGCCGUGGCCCACCCUUUCCGCUUCCACCAGUUUCGCACGCUGAAGGCGGCCGUGGGCGUCAGCGUGGUCAUCUGGGCCAAGGAGCUGCUGACCAGCGUCUACUUCCUCAUGCACAAGGAGGUGAUCGAGGACGAGGACCGGCACCGCGUCUGCUUUGAGCACUACCCGAUCGCGGCCUGGCAGCGCAGCAUCAACUACUACCGCUUCCUGGUGGGCUUCCUCUUCCCCAUCUGCCUGCUCUUGGCCUCCUACCAGGGCAUCCUGCGGGCCGUGCGCCGGAGCCACGGCACCCAGAAGAGCCGCAAGGACCAGAUCCAGCGGCUGGUGCUCAGCACCGUGGUCAUCUUCCUGGCCUGCUUCCUGCCCUACCACGUGCUGCUGCUGGUGCGCAGCCUCUGGGAGGCCGGCUGCGAGUUCGCCAAGAGCAUCUUCAACGCCUACCACUUCUCCCUGCUCCUCACCAGCUUCAACUGCGUGGCGGACCCCGUGCUGUACUGCUUCGUCAGCGAGACCACCCACAGGGACCUGGCCCGCCUCCGCGGAGCCUGCCUGGCCUUCCUCACCUGCUCCAGGGCCAGCCGGGCCAGGGAGGCCUACCCGCUGGGCGCCCCGGAGGCCUCUGGGAAAAGCGGGGCCCAGGGUGAGGAGCCCGAGUUGUUAACCAAGCUCCACUCGGCCUUUCAGAGCCCCAACUUGCCCAGAGUGGGAGGGUCCCCGAUGGGCGGGCUGGCCUAGCCGGGUCACCCACGUAGGGGCUACAUGAGCCCGGAGCCUUUAGCCCUUGGGACUGUGGUCCUGAGCUUGCUCGCAGGCUGCCUCCACUUCCACAUGCAGGUGCCUCUUUCUGCUGGGGGGAAUGGUGGGCCUGGGCCGCAGCCCUGAAGCCUGCUCUAGCUGGCCGAGCCCAGGGGCCCUGUUGAGUGUGGGAAUAAGCCCCCUCUGCCCCUGGCUGGAGCUGCUGGAGGGAGCAAGACAGUGAACGGUCACUUCCAGGUUUGCCAAGAGCAGUUGGCAUGGGGUGUGGAGUGUGAGGGCCUAGGAGGGGACAGUAGGGACCUGGGUCUUCCAGGGCCACUGUUUUCACAGACGAUACCUGUCCAAAUGUACCGCUGUUACCUGAUGACAGGACACACAAAGCUGUAUUGUCACCAUUAACACUUAAGGCCCACUGCACAAUGGGGUGGGCAGGGAAGUCUGGAAGGGGAGACGUAAGGUGAGGCACCGGAGGCCGCGAGGUGGACAUAGGGACAGUAGUGGAGUCACAGGCAGGGGAGAAACCCCAGCUCCAGCCACCCCGCGCCUUUAUAGGGACGGUCAAGCAGAUUGCUCAGGCCUGCAGGACACACUCCAGGGCUCCCCAGAGAGAUGCCCGGGGCCUCCAAAUAGUCAGAACCGAAGCUCGGGUGUGGGAGCUGGGCCUGAACCAGAGCGUCCUCAACAAGUUCCUGACACACAUUUCUCCUAAUUAGCUUUCUGUGUCCAUCUGCCCAGAAGUGCCAGGUCAGGAGUCCAGGGUGCAGAGAGAAGAGUUAAAAUGCCAGGGUCUUCAUGACAGUUAUAUGCCAAGACACACAGCUGAGGUUGGGUUCAUGGGACUGCUAAUGGUGUCCCCUUCCCUGCCACACAUACUGUAGAGAGUCCAGCAGUCUCAGAUAGGUGGGCAGCAUUCUCUCAGAGUUCUACAACAGCCACACACACACACCUCUCAGCCACAGGCCUGGGGCAAAUCUCUACUCUGGUCUUAAUGGCUCCUUCGACCAGGAAGAGAGGUGGCCUGGAGCUCACCAUACCUGUUCUCCAUCCCUGAUCCUCUCCCAGGUGUCCCAUCUCAUCUACCUGGAGAGGAUAGUGGGCCCUCAGGACUACAUAGCACAGGGCACUGAUAGUCCUUUUCUGUCCUGGAGGGCUGGGUAUAGGGCUCAUCUCUCCUGCAGCUUUACACUGGCCAUUUUGGAAACUUUUGCAGCAAAGUUUCUGCUCCCUGAGUGCCCCACCCCCCAUCAUUAAAGGUCUUUGGAGAACAUCUGGGAGGAGUCCCAUGUCCAGCCUCACCCCAGGGACACGGCUUCUACAAUGUGCCAAGCACAGCCCUGCCCAGGUGAACAAACCAAGGGCCAGAAGAGCCACUUGCUGCCCCAGGAGACCUGCACCCUUACAGAGAUGCCAGCCCUUUACACUGCGGGUUGGGGGUCCAGGACCAGCUCUCCCUUCCCAGGGCAUAGGCUUUGAAUCCCUUGAAACCAAGAGGCUCAGUAGGCUGAAUCCUGGACUAGAACCACGGGCAGGAAGUAGGUAGAAGUUUUCUGGAAUCAGAAGAAUCAGUAGAUUAUUUCUGGAAUCUACUACAGGGUGGGGGAGGACAGCGAAAAUGCCAUCCUCAAUCUUCCUCCCUCUUCUCCCCAGUCUCCAAGAGGUUGAUCCUCUACCCUGUGUUUCCUAACCCUCUGUGUUAGUCAGCUUUUUUGUCUGUGACUAGAAUAACCAACAAGAGUAACUUAGAGGAGGAAAAGCUUAUCUGGGGUUUCCAGUUAAUGAGGUCUCAGUCCAUAGACGGCCAACUCCAUGGCUCUGGGCCUAAGGCAAAGAGCACACCAUGCGGGAAGGACCCAGCAGCAGAAAGCUGCUCCCCUCUUGGUGGAGUCGGGAAGCAGAGACAGAGAGCAAGGAGGAAGGAGUCUCAGGGACGAUGCACCCUUCCAGGACACGUCCCCAGUGACCCACCUCCUCCAGCCGAGCCCUACGCCCCAGUUAGCAGUCAGUCAGUCCAUUCAAACUAGGAUGGACUGACUAGAGUCUAGCCCUCAUAAUCUAAUCAGUUUCCCUGUGAAUAUUCCUGCAUUUACAGGUGCCUUUGGGGGACACCUUGUAUUCAAACCAUAACACCUUCUACCAGAGGUACCCAGAGGCAGAUAGCCCGUGAUGGAUGUGCCCCAGGGAAAGGUGGUGACUGUGGUCCCAGAGCUGCACUUGGCUUUGACUGGGCAGCCCCUGCUCCAGCUCCUUCUCGAGGACCUCCAAUGACCCCGGAGGUCCUCUUCCCCUUCCUGAAGGAGGAAGGGACCAGGUUUAAUGGUGACAGAAAUACCUGCACAGCCAGGAAGAGCCCAGCCCAGGAUCUUUCUGGGGCAAUGGCAUCAGUUGAUCUCUCCUGGGCCCUUUGUCCACUGGCAUGGACUGGGAUGGACUGAGGGCUGUUCCAUUUACCAUCAAGAGUUGUAUUUUUGUAUCAUCCUCCCUUUUAUGCCAAUUACAUGUGCGUUGGAUGGUGUGAUGGAUUUAUGUAGCAUUCAGUCUGUAAAUAAAGCCAAGUAACCAGGA